AUGUCCACCUUUCCUGCCGAGCCUCGUAGCGACAUUGUAAACGGCCAUGUCGAAAGCGACUUCAACUACCAGACAGGAACCUGGUCCGAACCCGUCUUCGUGCAAGACCAUUACCUCAAAGUCCACGGUCUAGCACCCGGGCUCAACUACGGACAGCAGGUGUUUGAGGGGAUGAAAGCCUAUCGUGACCCCAACGGCCAGAUUCAAAUCUUCCGGCCCACUGAUCACGCCCUCCGCAUGCAACGUUCUUGUGAUGCUGUUUCUAUUCCCUCCAUUCCGGAGUCACUCUUCUGGGCCUCCGUCAAUCUCGCCGUUGCCAAAAACAGCGAGUUUGUGCCCCCGCACGCCAGCGAGGCAGCCAUGUACAUCCGCCCUCUCGCUUUCGGCUCCGGCGGUUGGAUGCCCGUUGCCGCUGGGCCGCAGUAUAAGUUCGUCGUAUACGCUUUGCCCUUUUGCGCAUACCAUGGCACCUUACCCGUUGACGCAGUGGUGCUGGAGGAGCUGGACCGCGCGGCCCCGCUGGGCGUGGGCAACGUCAAGGUAGGCGGGAAUUAUGCUCCAGUGUUAAAGUGGAGUGAUAAGGCGAGGAAGGAGGGGUUUGGGAUCACGCUGCACUUGGAUAGUAAGACCAGGGGCGAGAUUGACGAAUUUAGUACGUCAGGGUUUGUGGGAAUCAAGUAUACUGAAUCCGGGGGUGAAAAAGGGUACACGCUGGUUGUGCCAAACAGCCAGUGCAUUAUCAAGAGUGUGACAAGCACUAGUGUUGUGGAGGUGGCGAGGUCUCUGGGAUGGAGGGUUGAGGUUAGGCCGAUCCCGUACGACGAGCUGGAAUUUUUUGAUGAGGUUCUUGCUGUCGGCACCGCUGCUAUGAUCACCUCCAUCCGCUCUAUCACGCAUCGUUCGAAGGAUCAGGUGUUCAGGUAUAAGACGAGUGAUGAGCCUGGCAGUGCGUGCGAGAAAUUGUCGAGGCACUUGAAGGGUAUCCAAAAAGGCGACGAGAAGGAUACGUUUGGUUGGCUGAAGAGAGUUGAGGAGGUGACUGUCUAG